UUCCGAUGUGGGUGGGAGAGGUAGUCUUGGUGGGGGUCGCAUGGGUGACCGUAUUUCCCAUUGUGGUUUUACAGGUGAUUUGUUUUCAUACAGAAAAUUAGAUAAUCUUGACACAGAAUCAGCAAUAUGUAUGCAUAUUGACAUUGGUAGCCACAAACAAUCCAAUCAAAGGUUGAAGCAAAGAACACGAAGAAGUUCCAGCAGAAAUAGAAGUCAACAAAGACGAAGAAGUUCCAGCAGAAGUAGAAGUCGACAAAGACGAAGGAGUUCCAGCAGAAGUAGAAGUCGACAAAGACGAAGGAGUUCCAGCAGAAGUAGAAGUCGACGAAGACGAAGGAGUAUCAGCAGAAGUUUGAGUCAAAGUAGACGAAGGAGUUUUAGCAGAAGUAGGAGUCGGGAUAGACAGAGGAGUUUCAGCGGAAGUUUGAGUCGGGAUAGACCGAUGAAUUUCAGAAGAAGUAGGAGUCGAAGUAGACGAAGGAGUUUCAGCAGAAGUAUGAGUCGAAGUAGACGAAGGAGUUUCAGCAGAAGUAUGAGACGGGAUAGACAGAGGAGUUUUAGAAGAAGUACGAGACGGGAUAGACAGAGGAGUUUCAGCAGAAGUCCAAGUCAAGAUAUGCAGAGAAGGUACAGGGGAAGAAGUCAUGAUAGUAAAGACAGAUUUAGAAAUGAUAGAAAUGAAGAACAAGAGGAAAAGAUCGAAAUAGACAGAAGAGGGACAAAAGAUUGGACAUGCCAUAAAAGUAAGCCUAGAUACAGUGAACAUGUCAGAACUAGUAGAAAAAAUAAGGAUACUAUGGACAGCAGUAAAGACAAGGAUGAAAGAAAGAAAAAAGUAAACGAAGAACAUGGAAGUAAAAGUAAAAAAUGGAUUAAGCAUAAUGAAGAAAGGAAGAAAUGGGCAACUACUAAUGAGAAAGUCAAAUCAGACAAGGAAAAAAUGACAAAAAAGAAAACUGAUGAAGCGAAGGACUUACAAGAAACAUCAGUAUAUGAUGGAAAUGAGAAGACUGGAGACACUGUGGAUAUGACAACAUCUUUAAAAGUUUGGACUGCACCAUCAAUUACAGGUGAAGGAGGAACUUCUUCAGCUCCAGAAAUUGGUGAGGAUAGCGGCAUCUGGAAAGGAAUUGUACGCAAGAUCUCCAAUCAUCUAAAUACUAAGGAUGUUCUCCAACACAUCAGUGAGGGAUGUUACUGGGAACUGACUCCAGAGCUGUGUAAAACACUAGGUGUUUUCUACAUUAAAAUCACUAACCUACUGAAGCUGCAAGGCUUGUAUUCCUUAGGGAACCAAGCUGCAUCAUCAGGGGAGAAAAUGAUUGCCACCUAUCUUGCCUUCUUCAAGAUAGUACAGGUCAUCUACCAACAGAAGAACGGGGGGAAAAUGAAGUUGAACAAAGAGGGGUUUGCAUGUUUGGAAUCGACCAACUGGAAUUUACUCAGUGGUGAUGUCAUGUCUGUCAAGUUGGACACGCCACAGGGACAGAGAACAAAUAACAAGGAACUGCAGGACGUACAUCAGUGGUUACUACAAAAUCGCAGGGAACAUGAGCGGCUCUGCAGGCAACUAGAACUAGGGCAUUCCCUUCACACAGCUACUUGGUACCUUUUCUGUGCUCUGAAUGAAAAGCCAGUCAGCACCUACUAGUAGGCAACUUCACCUGAAAAUGUUAGAUUUUGUUUACAGACUGAGUUAGAUGUCAAAUGUUGAUUGGAGAAAAAAUAUACAUAGUCAUGCCUUGAUAGUAAGAACUUGAUUAUGGCUGAAAAUGCUGUCAUCUAGGAAUAAAAUCAAGUCAGAUGAAAAUGUAAAGUUAUUGCAUAUUGAGUCGAGUUGCAUGUUCACAUCAAUGCGAUUUGGAAUAACUUUGCAAAUGUCAUUUAAAGUAAUAAAUAAUUUUGUUAAUGGAAUUAGGUUGAAAUAUAUAUACAACAGAAAGAUUAUCAUUCCUUCUGGGGAUGAUUUGUUCAGGAAAAAAAUGAUAUUUUAAUACAAGUUAACUUGGUGUGACCAUGCAACUGGAGGUAAUUUGUAAUACCUUUUCAAAUGUUAUAAAUAAGAAUUGUAAAAAUGAUAGAUGAAAGAAUCAUUCCCCUGGUAGGUUGUAUUAAAAGGAUGAUUUGAUGUUGCCAAGUGGCUCUGAUAUGGGUAUUUCUUAUUUUUACCUUAAAGAAAUGCAACAUUAAGCUUUUACAUACCACAUAAUAGUGCCAUCAGGAUUAAACUGUAUUGUAUCCUGUUUUUGCUUAUUUUCUUUUUUGCAGAUUUGUUCUAUAUAUACCCCUUUGUGUAUAUGGCCAUGAAUUUGUUCAUUUUAGAGGUGUUUUUUUUAAUCAAAUAUGACUAUAAUAUGAUAUAGUAUCAUGUGGUUAUUUUUUGUUUGUUUAUUUUUUUUUGUUUAAUCUUUGCUUAACUUUCAUUUUUAUUACACCCCGUGUCAAGAUACUAAUAUUUCCAAUCAAUGUAAUGUGAGGGCAGUGCUAGCUGCCUUAAUAAAAAAAUCUGUGAUCUCUAAUAAUAAUUAUCUGCAAGUGUGUGUGUGCAUGUGUGUGUGUGUGAAGGUUGUGUUAUUCAUAAUUAUCUAGUGUAGUAUAUUUCGUUAUUCUAUUAUAUUUAGUUAGAAAUGUUAGUGUUAGUAGUUUUAGUAGUUCAGGUUUAUGUUGACCAUGAGUAAUUAGAUGGGGUGCCCUAUUUGCCCUACAUUGCCCGACUUAAUUAUGUACAUGCGGACCGUGAGAUUUUAGGCAGCAUAAUACACCGGUCAUUCACUGAUAACGUUUUAAUUACCUUGAUCCGUGGCUACUGGUCUACGUUUGACACUGUUUGAGAUUUAUUGCCCCAUGGCUUCGGGAGAUCACUCUGUGGGUUCUUUAUAGGUCCUCUGUCUAUAUUACCUAUGGUCAUCAUAUACUCAUCCCUAAUUACCAUCUAAAUGUUUACGUGUAUGUGUAUCCACAUAUCUAGGUCAACGGACCGCCUGCUCCGACAGUUUGCCGACUGCUCCGGCAGUUUGCCCGACUGCUCCGACAGGAUUUGGUCAAGUUAUGUCAGAAGGUCAGUUCAGGACACGUUUGCCCGAUCGGGCAAUCGUUGCCCGACAGACUGGAGUAUAUAAGGAAGAGUGAGAGAGAGCUCAGGGAGUUCGGAUUCGAGGUGCCUAGGUGUUGCUAUGUUGGAUUGUGCUGGAUAUGUUUGAGAGGGAUUUACCUCAAACUGUGUAACUGUUGUACAUGUUGCCGAUACUGAAUACAAGAGUCUGAAACCGGGA